CUGCUCCAGCAGAGGUGCUGCAUAGGAGAGCCACUGAACGAAUUUAUUCGAUAUUUUAUGGUUAAAAUCCCUCCAAAAAGCGAGUUACCCUUUUGUAGCACUUCCUUAUCAGCGUGGGCUGAGUUGGAGACGGUGUGCGUGAGGCAAAAGUGCAGUUUACUCGUCCUUGAGAAGGGAGUGGAACCGGAGUUCCUUGAGCCUGGAGUUUGUGGAGCUCUUUGAAAGCAUCUGGGCUAGGUUUUUUGAGGACCUUGAAUUAAAUUGGAUUUGGAUUCUGGAUUCUCCCUGAAGAGGGGGAUGGCGAGCUAACCCUUGAUUGACGGACCUGGCUGCUUCCUUUUCCCAAGGAGCACAAUCUUCACUUCCUACCUCUCCAGUGUGUUGUCUGUAUCCGCUCUCCAUCCUCAAGCUCACGUAAUAACAGGACCGAAACUGGAGAGGGAACACAGCAACAGAUGCACAGACACUCAGGUUGCUUUUGCAAAGUUGAAUAGCUAAAAUGGCGGAAUGGGAGGUGCCUGCUUCUUUAGGACCAGCCGAUGGUGAGGAAAACGCGUCGUCUCCAAUAGUCAACAGAUCCUGCGAGCACUUGGAAUGCUACAUGGUCCUGACCACCGCGGAGAAGACAGCUAUCGGCUCAAUCUGUUUCCUGGCUGGUCCCGUCACAUUGUUGGAGAACGCCCUCAUUCUGGGCUUGAUUGCGGCCACUGCGUCCUUGCGCCAGCGUCCCUCUUAUCUCUUCAUCGGCAACCUGGCGCUGGCAGACGUCUUUGCUAGCUGUUUCUUCACCACCAGUUUCCUGGAUUUCCACCUGUUCCAGCGAAGUGACGGUCCGAUCGCCUAUCUCUUCAAGCUGGGUGGCGUCACCAUGGCAUUCACCAACUCAGUGGGAAGCCUGCUGCUGACCGCCCUGGAUCGCUACUUGUGUAUCCACCGUCCGUCCAGCUACAAGACGUUGCUGACCCGCCGCCGAGCUCUCCUGGGGCUACUCGUCCUCUGGAGCGCUACUGUUUUCAUCUCCUUUUUACCGCUGAUGGGCUGGACGUGCCAUUCUGGGUUGGGUUCUCCUUGCUCCCGCCUCUUUCCCUACAUCAGUCGGGGCUAUCUGGCCUGCUGGACCAGCUUCAUUUUAGUCCUCCUGGCACUCAUUCUUGGGGCUUACGUCUUGAUCCUGUGGAAGGCUCAUCGCCACGAGGCUUCCAUGUGCGUCCUACAGGGAUCAACAGGGGCAGGACACGCCCGAAUGAGGAUGGACAUCCGGCUAGCGCGCACCUUCGGCCUGAUCCUGCUCACCUUGGUGGGCUGCUGGCUUCCGGCAUUGUCCUUCAUGUUGGCUGACGUGGCUGUGGUGCUUAGCCUCGCCCAGCAGCGGGCCUUUGCCUUCUGCAGCACUCUCUGCCUCCUCAACUCGGCCGUCAACCCCUUGCUGUACGCCAUGCGCUGCCGAGAGCUCAGACUCGCCCUGCUGCACCAGCUCAAGGUCCUCAGUCAGGCCGCCAGGUGUAAAAAGACCACCACGGGGGAUUCGGACGCACGACCACCAUCAAGAGAGAAAUGUACCAUGGUGGAGAUGCCCAAAAGCUCCCAGUUUUGCUCAGUUUUAGAACAAUGAACUGGCAACAGAUGGAUAUUAGUAUGCUAAGGCCUUGUUCAUACUGACAGGCAAAAUCAGAUUUUUAGCCCAUCCAGAUUGAAACUGGAUUGCUCGUUUUUAGUCUGAACAGAAAUCUGAUUUUUUGCGAGAUGCAUUGGCUGCGAUUAGACUACAGGUGUAUCUGAUUCCAAACGGAUUCUUCCUGAAAUCUAAUUUUUAGGGCUGACUGUUCACAUUAUUUUUAUCAAGUGUCCAAAUCAGAUCUGAACCUGUUUGGAAUGGGCCACGUUAUUGACACACCUGACAG